AGACCAACCCACUUACGUUCCACAGGUAGCUCACCGUCCAGAGCAAAGGAACAGCCCCCAUGGCAGCCCAGUACAACGUGGUGUUCAUGCUCGGCCCGCCUGGAGCUGGCAAAGGAACACAAAGCAACAUUAUCGCUCAGACCUUUGGAUACGACCACGUGUGCGUGGGCGACCUGCUGAAGGGCGAAGUCAAGCAGCCAGACAGCGCCAUCGGGAGGCUUAUCAAGGAGCAGAUACUAUGCAACACUAUAGUGUCUUGGACGGUCACGUGUCCUCUGCUCGAGCGCUACAUGAAGGAAUCACGUAACAAAAACUUCGUAAUAGACGGAUUCCCGCGAACACAGGAUAAUUUCGACGGAUGGAAUGUAACACUGGGAAACAAAGUCAAUUUGCAGUGUGUGUUUUUUCUUUCUUGUCCUUUCGAACUGUGCACUGAGCGGUGUCUGGGCCGAGGAGCCGCCGGUUCGGGACGUCCGGACGACAACGAAGUGUCUCUUAAGAAGCGCUUCGACACCUUCGCGAAUGAUACGGUUCACAUUCUGAACUGGUACGAGGGGCGGGGCCUCUUGCGGACCAUCGACGGCGCCAAGUCCAUCGAGGAAGUCUCGGCAGAUGUGAAAAGUCACUUCAUUAAGUUGUAGUUUUUAAGUAUUCUUCGCUGAAGUAUAUUGUGUGCUUUCAUUACUGGAUUUUGCUAAACAUUCUUAAUGCGUUUUUGUGUGUAGUUAACAUUGGCUAUACGAAUUAUUUUAUUCUCAAAACGUAUCUCAAAAUUCGGUUAGACACCAUUUUGGAUGUUUUACUGUACGGUCGAUAUCAUUAAAUCAUCAACGAACGCCUUAAAUAUUUCAACAUCCAUCCUCAAGUUAUGACUUUAAGAGUUUUUGAAGGACAACACAAGUGUACGCCACUUUUUGUUCGUGCGAUUUUGUUAUUUGUGAAAUUAUUUACAUUCAUUGAUGUAUUAACUCUGUCUCUAAUAAAUCUGACAUCGUAUUCAUACAACGUACGAUCCAUGUGUACACGAUAUGAUAUAAUCUCUAAUAUGUUACGCGCCUACCUAUUUCAUUGUUUGUUGACCAGAUUGCAACCAGGUGACAAGGUCUCGAGAGGGCAGCAUUCGUCAAUGCCAGACGCGAACGAGCUCUGUCUACUCCGCGCAUCCUCAUCCUUGUUAUUUGCGUUUGUAUAUUGGUGCUAUAUGUAUUGCUGUUAUAUUAAUAUUUGAAGAUUA